AUGAGUUUCACUAUGAACGCCUCCUCCCUGCUGUCUGGAUUCCUGCUGCUUUUGACUGCAUGUGAUCAGCUGCUGGGAUCAAAGGAACCAGAGGAGAUGCUCCAAGGUUCAGACCGAUUCUGGAAGCUGCAUAUGAGGGACUUCCUGAUGAAAGGAAAAGGUCCGAGUCCUGAUCCGAUCAGAGAGGUGGUCAAACAGCAGCUACUGUACUGCCGAGCCGGGAUCGGCUACCAUCUCCAGAUCCUGCCAAGUGGCCUGGUGGGAGGUGUUCACAAACCGACCCAGUACUGUUGGCUGAAAGUGUCUGCUAUGAAGCGUGGAGUGGUGGGAAUCAGAGGGACCAAGAGUGGAUUGUACCUCUGUAUGAAUGGAAAAGGACAAGUAUAUGGAACGGAGCAGUUUUCUGAUGAGUGUCUGUUUAACGAGAAGCUGGAGGAGAACCACUACACCACCUACUCAUCCUACUCCCACACAGGCAACUACCUGGCUCUUUCCCACAAAGGAGAGCUCAGGAGGGGCAAUAGUGUUAACCCCAACCGAUCCUGCACCCACUUCCUACCUAGAAGGACUCUGUGUCAACGUAGCAGGAGGGCAGCCAUUAGCACAGAGAAAGGUGGGGGUGGGGGGCAGAGAGAGGAAGGUAGCUGGAGGAAUAUGGUCUUGGACAGAGCACGGAUGAAUGUGGACGAUGGCAGGAUGAAGAAGAGCUUUGUGGACAUCAAUUCUGCUGCCGAUGCCAACGUCACACCAUCUCCACCAACAUGUCGCGGAGACGCGGCUAGUGUUCGCUGCCCAAGCAGUGAUCUCGGGAGCACGUCCGCGGGGUUUGGGGGGUGA